AUGGCAAAAUAUGAAGCGUGCAUCAUGGGCAUUCAUGCAGCUAUAGAACGUAAAAUCAAAGUACUAGAGGUAUAUGGGGAUUCAGCAUUGGUAAUAUACCAACUCAAAGGUGAAUGGGAAACAAGAGAUCCCAAAUUAAUCAAUUAUCGAAAGCUGGUUCUCGAAUUGAUUGAAGAGUUUGAUGACAUUACUUUCUGCUAUCUCCCACGAUAUGAAAACCAGAUAGCUGACGCGUUGGCUACUCAAGCCUCCAUGAUCAAAGUGAACAGACAAGAGGACAUAAAGCCUAUCCAGAUGAGCAUCUAUGAGACCCCAGCUCAUUGUUACAAUAUCAAAAAAGGAGAAAAGGAUGACAGCCCUUGGUAUCAAGAUAUAUUACGAUAUGUGAAGAAUUAUGAGUAUCCUGACCAGGCAACUGAGAAUGAUAAGAGGACAUUGAGAAGACUAGCCAUUGAUUAUGUCUUAAAUGGGGAGAUCUUAUAUAAAAGGGGAAAGGAUCAGGUACUAUUAAGAUGCGUGGACACUGUAGAGGCUAAAAAAAUCUUGGAAGAGGUCCAUGAGGGUAUCUGCAGAACACAUGCAAAUGGUUUCACAAUGGCUAGACAGAUUAUGAGAUUCGAGUACUACUAG